GCCCGCACCACCGCAACCCCCAACCCGACGCCGCCGCUCUCUUCGCCGGAGAAGAGAGACAGGAGGAGGGGAACAGCAGCCUCCUCCAGGAGCCCCCGCGACCCGAUCCCCGACGAGCCCUCCCCCCUCCCCUCCCCCCCCCCCCUCUGGGCGUGGCCGAGUUGUAGGCAUCACGGCUAGCGUUGCAGCCCCCCGGCGCGGCCCCGCAGCUGCGCAGGUGGAGCCCACGGGCACCAUCGCCUCCGCCGUCGCCACCAGCCCCGCCCCACACGGCGGCCGCGGGGCGCUGCCCUCGGCCGGAGGGAGCCCGUCCGACCUCCUCUUCCUCGCCGGCGGCGGUUGCCUCUGAGCCGCUCCCCCAUCCCUCUCUCUCUCUCUCCCCGACCCCUCCUCCUCCUCCUCCUCCUAACAACCGUCGUCUGCUGACCCCCCGACCCCGACAAACACACACCCGAGAGAUUAAUUAACACCGCCCGAGAGCGAGCCACCGGCCGCCAUGGAGAUGAAGCUCACCAUCAGGAGGGUGCCCACCGUCGUCUCCAACUACCAGGACGAUGCCGACAAGCCCCGCGCCGGAUGCGGGAGGAACUGCCUCGGCCACUGCUGCCUGCCUGUUUCCAAGCUUCCCCUCUAUGCUUUCAAGGCAAAUCCGGCAAAGCCUUCACAGGAGGAUGCUGCUUCAACUAAGUCCCUUGUCAAUAUCCUCCUUACUGAGUGGGAGGACAGGAUGGCCCGGGGCUUAUUCCGCUAUGAUGUCACUGCCUGUGAGACCAAGGUCAUCCCUGGCAACCUUGGGUUUGUUGCACAACUGAAUGAAGGGCGCCACCUUAAGAAGCGCCCUACCGAGUUCCGUGUCGACCGUGUGCUUCAGCCAUUUGACCCUGCCAAGUUUAACUUCACCAAAGUUGGCCAGGAAGAGGUGCUCUUCCAAUUUGAGAAUGGUGCUGGCGAUGACAGCUACUUCCUGAAUAAUGCUCCAGUCACUGCUGCUGAUCGGGCACCAAAUGUUGUUGCUAUCAAUGUGAGCCCAAUUGAAUAUGGACACGUGCUUCUCAUUCCCCGUGUUCUGGACCGCCUGCCUCAGAGGAUUGAUCCAGAGAGUUUCUUGCUUGCGCUGCAGAUGGCAGCUGAGGCAGCUAGCCCAUACUUCAGGCUUGGUUACAACAGUUUAGGUGCCUUUGCUACCAUCAAUCACCUCCACUUUCAGGCAUACUACUUGUCAGUGCCUUUCCCUGUCGAGAAGGCACCUACCCACAAGAUCCCUCUUUCUGAAGACACAAUGAAGAGUGGGGUGACGGUAUCCAAGCUGAUAAAUUAUCCUGUGAGAGGCCUCGUAUUUGAGGGAGGGAACACACUGAACGACCUGGCAAAUGUGGUUUCCAGUGCUUGCAUUUGGCUGCAGGACAACAAUGUGCCUUACAAUGUGCUUAUUUCGGACGGUGGCAAGAGGAUCUUCCUCUUCCCCCAGUGCUACGCUGAGAAGCAGGCUCUGGGCGAAGUGAGCCAAGAGCUGCUGGACACCCAGGUGAAUCCAGCUGUGUGGGAGAUCAGUGGCCACAUCGUGCUGAAGCGGAGGAAUGACUAUGAGGAGGCAUCUGAAACCUCUGCGUGGAAGCUCCUUGCCGAGGUCUCCCUGUCUGAAGAACGCUUCGAGGAAGUGAAGGCUUACAUCUUCACUGCUGCUGGUCUGGUUCAGGCCGAUGAGGAGGAAGCCAGCGAGGGUGAGGAAGCAACCUACGCACCUGUCCCCGUUGCCCCUCUGCCUGUCGCAGAAGGCUGCCUCGUCCUCCAGUGAGAUGAUACUGCUGGCUGUUGUCCUAUUAAGCGUUGUCCUCAUUGUCUCUGGUCGCCUAUAGCUCUGCCAUAAUAAGAUCCGUGUGAUGGAACUGCUGCAUGGUCUGGUCUGGUGCGCGUGAGCCUUGUGCUCUGCCGCAACUUGCUCUCGUUUCUGUAUCCUCUCUGUGGUGACUCAGUGAUUCAGUGCUCUGCAAUAUUAAGCGGAGGCUAUGUGUAUUGUUUGGGUCGUUUAGAACUUAUAAAUGAAAUGUGAUGGACAUUGCUAGUAUA